GAAGCCGUUGAGCUGAGCGCUUCUGCCAUACGAGCCCAGUGGAGGAAACGCUCACAAAGCCCUAAAACCCAAGGGGUCAGUCUCAUCCGCGUCGAGUUUACCCACAGACUGCAGUGUGUGUGCAGAGAGAGUUUAUGGACUGAUUUAUUUUCCUGGAUCAGCCUUUACGAGAGUUUCUUUCUGGCGUUCACUUUUUCUUACUCAACCAAACUAACGCAGCGAUGACAGCAGUGAUUAUUUUAUCUCGAAGUUACUGAGAACCGCAUCCUCCUGCGUUGCAUCCCAUCGUUGACCUCCCUUCGAAAGAUGCAAAGGGGAACCAGGAUGAAGUUUGUUCUAGUGUUACUUGGAGUGGUUGGGGCUCUGGCCAAUAUGGAGGAUUGUCCGUCCAAACAAUAUACAACCAGAGGAGAAUGCUGCAAGCAGUGUCCACCCGGUGAGGGCGUCAUCAGACCAUGUGGAGCCACGCAGACUGUUUGCUCUCAAUGUCUUGACAGUGAAACCUUCUCUGAAAACUUCAGCCACAAAGAGAAAUGCCAGCCUUGCACACAGUGUACAGGCCUUUACCGCAUGGAGACGCCUUGCACCGACUCCAGUGAUGCUACUUGUGUGUGCAACUAUGGCUUCUACCUGAAUAAGCUCUCACAGCGCUGUGAACCCUGCACUAAAUGUCCAGAAGGCCAAGGCAUGUGGUAUAGCUGCGAGUCUAACCAUGACACAGUAUGUGAAGAGUGCACCGGGGAAACCUACUCAGACCAGGAAAGUUCUCGAGAUCCUUGCAUCCCCUGCACCACCUGUGAUGACGAUGUAGUGCUGCAGGCCUGCACAUCUGUCAGUGAUACAGUUUGCCAAGUUCAAAACUCAUCACUGUUGCCCACGCCAUAUACUGGUUCUCCGUCUCUCAAUUAUGAGGACUUUACGCCACCUGGCCUUCUACCAGAGGGCCCCACAGACAGCAGUACCACCACCACUAAUGUUAAUCCCCCGGACCGGGUUUACCAGGGACUGAAUGAUAAACUCAUCCCCAUCUACUGCUCCAUCCUGGCAGCUGUUGUUGUUGGUGUGGUAGCCUUCAUUAUCUUCAAAAGGUGGAACAGCUGUAAGCAGAACAAGCAAGGAGCCAACAACUGCACAGCCAACCAGAACCAGACACCGUCACCUGAGGGGGAGAAGCUGCACAGCGACAGUGGCAUUUCUGUGGACAGCCAAAGUCUGCAGGAGCACCAGGGCCAGACUCAGGCACAAACAGUUGUCACCAUCGAUGAAGAGCCCUGUUUGCUCCUUCCACUCCACACCAGAGAAAAAGUGGAGAAGCUUCUUUUCAGAGGCAUGGAAGGAGAAAACUGCAACCACAUUCAGGACAGCGACUGGUACAACCUUGCGGGCCUGCUCGGAUAUGAUGAGGAGCGGAUCGUGACUUUCCAGCAGGAAGAGCAUCCUGUCCGAGCCCUACUGUCUGACUGGGCGAGCAAGGACUGCGCCAGCAUUGAUGCGCUGUGCACGGCAUUGCGCAAGAUUAACCGUGACGACGUCGCCCAGAGUCUAGUGCUCAGUCCAAGUGCUCCAAAACCGACUGCCACUUCUGUAGUGUGAUUUUAACCAUUACUGUCUACAAGAACUUAACACCUGACCCUUAAACUUAAACUUCCUUCCUCUUCAUAAAUUUAUGCCACAACUGCUCGUUGCUUUCAUCAUAAAGCCACUAAUCAGAGUGAUCAUAAUAUAAAUCACUAAAAUCAUGUUUAAUCAAGGGGAAGAUGUAAGAAAGAAAAUCAUUUUACAAACACCUUCAAGUUUAUUUUACUAUUUAUGAUCCACCCGACAUACAGCCUACGUGGAAAGACAUUGCCUUCAGAAGGUUCGCUGUUGAAUUCCUCCAUUUUGAGUGUGGAUCUCUACCUGCCUCUCCAUACAGAGAUCGUCUGCAUCGUAACUUUCCGCUUAAACAUGCAUAGUCACUGCAGCCCUUCCCUACAACAGCCUGUAGAUGUUUUCAAAUCUAUGUUACCAAAGAAGCAGAAGUGGUGUCAGUUCCUACCGGUCAGGUGACAUUAUUUAGAUGCCAUGUUAGACUUUAUGAAUGUAACUUGACAAAUGGCUUGUGUCUGUUAAUGCUACUGGAUGAGGCCUGCAUACCUCGGAGUAUCUGGACUUUUGCGAGUAUGACACCCUGAGGAAGAGCUUAAGGACUCAUUUAACUACUACAAAACAAAGGCUAGGUCCACCUAUUUGCUGUUAUGUUAAAUUAUUUUAUUAGAUUAAUGAGCUGUUUAGAUUAAGCAGCACACAUGACAUUUUGAAUUUCAUCUUCAUCUUGAUUGCUUUCUGCAGGCUUUCUCUUCUUUUCUGUUUUUUUCCAUCAAGUGCCGUAAGAAUUGGUGGUUGGUUGCUGCCAUCUGUGGUCUAUGGGUUAAGGUCUUUAACCAAGGCAUAAUGACUCCAGUUUGUGACACAGCUCAAACACAGAUUACUUUAUACCAACCCAGAAAAGAGAAUGCAGUGGAAAAUUAAAAACUUAUUACUCUCUAACAAUCCCAUAUACUAUAUGUACAUAGGCAAAUAAGUAAACACAAAAUAUAGGCAUAGGCACACCCCUACAGUUUAUAGCCAUGCAUGCAUGUACUUUACUUAACAAACACACUAACAGGUAGCUCAUGUAUACAUUUACAUUCUUAAUCACAGUUGAGAGAAUGUUAGAUCCUGCCAUAUGUAUGGUGUGGAACGCUCUCAUGAGGGGACCAUGUACUGUUUAUUGUGAUUAUCUGUAGCAGUAUAAUGUACUUUUGUCUAAUUAUAUCUAAAAUUAUAUUAUUUGCAAGGGUGCUUUAGAUGUUGAUGUGCUACCUUCAUAGACAACAGCAUGCACUGUUGGUGCACAAAUUCCAAUUAGAAACCAUGUGCAAAGCAAUCAGGAUGCAAAACAAAAUUACAGGUUUUUUUUACCUUGAUUUGCUUAAUUUCUCAGGGUAUUGUGAAUAUUAGAGUCAUUAUCUAACCCUCAACAACGGAAUGAGCUAAUUGUCCAAAAGGUACAGUAUUUAAUUUAAGGCAAGCGAUUCCCUGCAAAUGACAAUCCUAUGCACAUAAAUAGGAGAGAGAAACUGGCCAGAGCAAGAAAAAAAAGGAAGAACAGGGGUGUCUGGUUUCUUAUUUUUCUGGAACAAUGACCUCUGGAUAAAAGGCAAGUCAACAGAGACUGAAGGCGAAGGAUGUGUGAAGAAUUCAGACAGAGAGAAGCGGAAACGUUUUGGAUUACUUCUAAGUAAAGGUGAAACACAUUAAACAUUUGCAUUAAUCAUCUUUUUUUCUACAUCUACAUUUUUUAAUGUUACACCUACAUGACAUUUUUAUUGUUUCGCUGUGUGGUUAUUCUGCCAGCUGUGGAUGAAAUGGACCUGGUUUCUCUUGUGUUUGCUUAUUUUCUGUUAUAGGAGAAAUAUUUGAAGGAGCAAUUUGUUAACUGUAUUAAAUUCAACUAAAUGUCCAACUUCAGGUUUUAUUCAAGCGCAGUUUGCCACUAACCUCUAGUAUACUGAGCCUCACGCUGUAGUGUUACAUUACAUGAAGGUAUUCUUAAGCUUGUUGUAUUUCAAUUCCCAAAUAUCAGUUGUAAAUAGUACUGCAUUUCUGUUUUUGUCCUAGAUUGUAGCACUUAAUUGUAUAGUCAUAUAUAUCAUUUUUGUAAUACAAGUGCCUGGGAACUAUUUCAGGUAAUGUUGUAUAUUUAUUGUUUUUUGUUUAUGUUUUUUAUUUGUUUGGUUUUUUUUUUAAGUACACUGUAUCUUUUUUGUUGUUUUUGUUUCUUUUUCACUUGUAUAUAAUCUUUCUAUUUCAAUUCUAUUUUUAGUUAUUGCCUGAAAGGCACAACUGUACAGUAGCUUAUGUAAACAGGACUCUUUCAGUGCUCUCCUAAGUCUCUGUGAAAAAUAACAAAGGGAAAGGGAUCUCUCAUUGAGGAAGUUAACAAAUUAUUCAAUAUUCACUAUAUUAAAACAGUGUGCUAUUAAAGACUAAAUUAAAAGUAAGAUAAAUCCAAAGUGGGAAGUGUGUAAUUAUCUGUUUUUGUUCUUUUUUAUUACAAAGAAUUUGAAGAGAAGUCAUCAACUUUGUGCCAGAAAUGCCACAGGUUGCUCUGUGGUUGGAAGAUGUUUAGGUCUUUCACUACAAAAGGAAAAGUUUAGCAUUUUGAUAAAGCUGUUUGUUUCCUUACCAUUAGUUUAUAUACGAAGAACAACUCCACUGUAAUCAAAUUAAGCUAAAUGAGGUGGUUCUGUUCUUGACUCUUGCUGCCUUUAAAUUUGACUCGUGAUUAAAAUAUGGGAAAUCAUGCAAUCUAGAAGACUUGUGAACCCUCAGCUUCCAGUACUGAGAAUAUAACUAAUGAAGGAAAUUCGUAGGAACUUUUCACGUGAAUGUGAUGAACAUGACCCAACUCAAAAGCUGACCCAACAUGAUCCAAGUAAUUAUGCUGUUAUCUUUUGACAGAGCCAACAGCUUCCUCUCUUUUUAUGUUAGGCUAACUGGCUAUCUGCACGUUGAGAAUGAUAAAAGUUGGGUUGGCAUUCAUACUUAGUCAAUAUAGCAUCUCUAGCUAUAGCAUCCAGAAUGUAUUAGAAUGGUGUAAUGUAAGGUACUGUGUGGCUCACGGUAUAUCCUUCCCCUGCUUUGUUUUCCAUUACAGACAGUUCCCUUUCCCUGUGGACAGAAUCCACUGUUUAUCAGCACAGUGUGUGUACUGCAGCAACAGAGACAAGACACCCAGCUUUGCUCUAUGUGUGUUUUUAUUACAUUUACAGAGAUUUAGCAAAUGCUUUUAUCCAGACCAUCUUACAGUGGUUAUUGCCCUGAAUGAGUUUGCAAUAGGCUUUUAGUUCGGAAGAGGUUAAACAUCUGCAGGCAGUGAUCGUAACAACUAAGUGCUGCAGAGUUCAGGUCUGGUCAACAGAGAAACAACAAUCAGUCUGUAAAUUCAAGCAUGGAGUUAUUAAACAUGCUUAUAUAUUGUAAUUGUGUGCCAGACUCUUAAAACAACUUCACAGAACCAGGUAAGAGUGCUGCUGUGGAGUUGUUUACGCCCGCAUGUAACAACGUUAUGACAAAUCAAUGCUCUGUAUUGUUACAACAUCACUUAUAUCGGCUCAGCUGCUUGGAACCUCAGCUAAGGUCGAUCUAAAAAGUUUUCAGAUAGUAUCAGUCAGGCUAUAUGGUCCCACCUACAUUUUAAACCCCCCCAAAAAAUCAAGACAUACCUUAUCAUACUGCACCACACCACCCUACAGGUACAGUAUGUGAGGAAAAGCACCAUAAAGGAAAAUGUAGGAAGUAAAGCCUUCCUAAGCUACAAAAUAGUGAUCCCUAUAAGUGAUCGGUGAGACUAAAUAUUUCUGUCAUUUCUUGACAACUGUAAGAAGAAAGACACUUUCAGGCUUUAUUACUUUCUCUGAGGAAGAAAAAUAAAAACAAUAAAGUGUGCAUCUUUAAAUUAUGAGCCACUGUGAAAACCUGAACCUUAAAAUAGACCCUUUCCCUUUCAAAGUGUUUGUUCAGUGUAGGAGGUUUGGUGAACGGACAUUGAACAACAAGUAAAGAAUGCACAUGGUGUCAAAGUACAGAGUAAUCAUGCAAAAUGGGUCAUGGCCAGGUAGGAAUGCAGUGGUGAGUGGCUGGUAAUCAGGUUAAUAGUGACAAGACUGACAGUCCACCAUGACUGAAAUGUACAGAUCUAAGAAACAUUGAAUGUUCCUUCUAUACUAACACACAAAGUGGUCUGUAGUUGUGGUAAAUUUGAC